AUAUUUCUUGUAGAUGGUCACCCACAUUUUAAGUAAAUCUUGAAAAUAGAUCAUUUUAAUAUCGGUGUUAUUUGUUUAAAAAUACGGAAUUAAUUGUAAAAUGAUCUUACAAAAUUAAAUUAAUAGAUAUGAGUGAAGAAGAGGAUUAUUAUUGUCGACUUUGCGCUGAGCCCACUCCAAAAGCCCAGUUAAUAUCGCCUGAUGAAGAUGUUGCAAUUAGUUCAAAGGUGGCCACCAAAUUACUAUGGAUAAACAUUGAUAUAUCUUCAUCCAGCACCCUUCCAAAUACAAUAUGCUUCUCUUGUUUCGAUCUGUUGGAAAGAACAUGGUCGUUUCUACAUAAUACACGUUCUGCACAGGAAAAACUGCACAGUAUUUUUCAAUCACAACAAGACACAAACAAACAGGAAUCUAACUUAAAAAAUGUGGAAAACACUUGUAAUACCAUUGGUAAACCAGUUGAUCAGAGUUGGGAGAAGUUCCAAGACCUUAAGACAGAAAUAAAAGUCGAACGCGAAGAAUUCACGGAAUAUGUUAAAUCCGAAGAUGACAGUGAUCCUGAUUUUACAGUAGUUCGUGAUUUUAGUAUUCAUAGCGGGAAUACUUCCGACAGUGACAUGCCAUUACUUGUAUCAAGAAGGAAAAAACAAAAGCGUAUCUGUAAGAAAGAUAUUAAUAGCUCUAUAAAGAAAGAGCUACCAAUAGAUCCCCUACCUGACACAAUAACUUGGGAUAAGCAGAUGUGUAGAUGUGCAAAAUGUGAUGCUCAGUGUGAAAAUAUAGCCUCACUUCAACUCCACUCUCAACAAAUACAUAAUCGCUGCUGUGUUUUCAAAUGCCUUGACUGUAAUAAAAUUGUUCAUUCAUUUAAGACUUUUAUAAAACAUGUACGAACACAUAAAGAGUUCCUUAGAUAUUGUUGUGAGUUUUGUAACAGCUUGUUUACUUUAACAUCUGAUUUAAAAAUACACAAAACUAAAGUGCAUGCUGGAAUAUUUGUCAAAAAAUGUAGGAAUUGUGGUUCAGAGUUUGAUUCUCCAGAGCAAUUACAAGAACACAAGUUACUCUACAAUCAGCGUCAUAAAAGACUGUCAUCUACUCAAGGAGAGCCUGUGUUUGAUCUCAAGUGUAAAGAUUGUAAUAAGGAAUUCAAAUCUCGGAGUAAUUUGCAACAACAUCGUCAAGUACAUAAAGAACGUACCAGGGAUUUCUCAUGUCAUAUUUGUGGUAAAAUGUUUUUCACUAAAGGUACUCUAGGCACUCAUAUGAUGACACAUGAAGAUACAAAACCUUACAAAUGUCCAUACUGUCCACUAGCAUUUAAAGCAAGAGGAAACCUGACGUCUCACAUAAGCUGUCAUUCUGGAGUGAAACCGUUUGUGUGUGAACAAUGUGGUAAAAGUUUUAGAGUUAAGAGGCAUCUAAAAUCACACUCAAUUAUUCAUACAGAUCUUAUGCCAUAUGUAUGUGAAUAUUGUGAUAAAACAUUCCGGUUUAAAACACGACUUAACCUGCAUAUACGACAGCACACAGGAGCUAAGCCAUACAAGUGUUUGUACUGUCAGCGUGAUUUCACAAAUGGAUCUAACUUCAAAAAACAUAUGAAAAGAAGACAUGGUAUUGAUACAUCCAAAAAAGCAUAUCAAAAUAUGGAAAUGGAUGAUGCACAGCUUAACAGUGAGAAUGAGAAAGUACUGUAGGGUAAAAAAAUAAAAGUUUUGCAUUUUGUUUGUCAUCAUUGCUGUGUAUUGAUGUAAUGAGGUAUAUUACUUACAGCUGCCAAUUUCAGGUCCAUAUCAUAUUGAUAGAAAAUCUGUGUUUUGUGACUCAAUUGUACUAUGCACAAAUAUUUGACUUUACUUAUUGUUAUACUAUAUUGUAAAAUAUAAAUGUUUUAAAACAUAUAAACUAAACAAUUCACACCCACCUUUGAGAUACAUUUUAACCUUUGUUAGAAGACAACAUCAAUAAAUAUGUAUUACUAUUGUGAUGAAUAUAUAAGUUGAUAUAAAAAUACUUUUAUGUAGCAAAAAUGUACAUUUUAUAAUUUUAGCUAUAGUAAAUAUUUUUAAACCAAA